UCGAAUCAAAACAUAAACAAAGUUUACCAAACAAGUGCCAAGGAAAGUUGAACAUUGCUCGCACACCUCCUAUCCCGACAUUUUCUUGCGUAAAAAGUCACAAAAUGACACUGGAAGUAUUAGCUGCCAGCAAACGAAUAGGUUCUUUCAAACGAAAUUGUUACGUGUAUCUUCCAAAAGAUGUCUGCACUCCGCAGCCUCCUCGCGUGUCCAGCUACCCAAAAUGCAUUGCAUGUUCGUCGUCGGCCAAUGUUCUCUUGACACUUAUUGGCAGUGUUUUGUUGAGUUUGCUUCAGAGUCCAAAGAUUUGAUGAAAAGAGUGCCAGUUAGGAUCAUCUGAGCAUAUUUUUUUUAUCGAACAAAAGCAAAUUUUGUUUGAGCCUUUUUGUGUAGGUCUCUCUCAGACCUCUUUGAAAUUUGCCAGUGCAUGUUUGUGCCUGUAUGAGUGAGCCAUUUUAGGGUGUAAAAAGCGGCCUCAUCGGAAGCAUUGGAGCCUACCAAAAAUGGGUUGCCUCUUCUCAGCAGAGGCCAUAGUUGCGGCCAAAAUAUUAAAUGCCACUCUAUCUCGGAAAGAUGUCAUCAUGCUUCAAGCAGGUUUUUCCGGUUCUGGCAGAGAUACAAUUUUCAAACAACUGAAAAUAAUUCACGGAGGCGGCUUCUCAUCGGAUGAAAUUAAAGACUAUCGGCCAUACAUAUACCAAAAUGCUAUUUAUUCAUUGGAAGAAAUCCUAAAGGCCAUGCCUGAGUUGGGCAUCUCCUUCGUCAACAAAGAGUUAGAGAUUGAUGCCAAGAUGGUGAUGGACGCCCGGCCUUGGGGCAUGAAGUCAUUCUCCGAAGAAUUGGUGGCCCCCAUGAAACGACUGUGGAUCGAUUUGGGUGUUCAAGAAUGCUUCGCUCUGAGAUCUAAUGAAUACAAACUAAAGUAUUCUGUUAAAUACUUUUUGGAAAAUCUGGAUCGAUUGGCAGCCAAGGAUUACAAACCCACGGGACAGGAUAUUUUAAGAACUCAAACAUUAAAGUGCUUUGACAGCGUUAACGUUUCAUUAAAAAGCCUCGAUGUCAUAUUGUUCAAAUGCAGACAUCGCUGUGGUGGGGCGCCGCUAAGCCGAGAGGCUUACUUUAAGAACGCGACGACCAUGAUCUAUUGCGUGAACAUGUCUGAAUACGAUAAUAAUGAGCUCAAUCAUGGAGAUGGAUGCAAAAAUGCAAUGCACGAGGAUUUGGAAUAUUUUGACAUAUAUUGCAAUGCAUUUCGUAACAUAUCUUCCAUCGUCCUCCUAUUAAACAAAAAAGAUAUCUUUCAAGAGAAAAUAAAAAAAACUCCUCUGACAAUCUGCUUCCCAGAGUACACAGGUGCGCAAGAGUACGAAGAAGCGGCGGCCUACAUCCAGGCCCAAUUUGAAGCUAAGAACAAAUUGACGUAUAAAAAAAUCUAUUGUUACAAAACGUGUGGCAUAGACACGGCCGACAUUCAGUUCGUGUUUGACGCCGUCGCUGACGUAAUCAUCGCCAACAAUCCUAAAUCGCUGCCACCUGAGCAAUUUAACGGUUUUCGAGCAUUCGGAUUUUAUAAGCUAGGGUUCUCGAGGUCAAACAAGAAGAUGGAAUGGAAUAAAACGAAUAAUCCAUAGUGAAGAAAGUAAGAAGCCAACGGCCAUCCUUUCUCGCUUAUUAGUUUCAAGCGAAAUGAAAGUAAAUAUUCUCGGUUAAUGCUAGAUUCAUGCGGCUUUAUUCAUUACCUUAUGUUUAAUCAACCUGUAUUGAACUUAAAAAAUUUGUAUCACAUCAGAAAAAAGCUGCCAUUAUUCUUUUAUCAGAGACACCUAGUAGAGGAAUUUUACACUGCUUAAUGGAAUUCCUUCUCAUCCAUGUGCAUCUCGACAAGAAAUGCCACAAAAGUUGUUUGCUUGCUUAUGUGUGGUUAUGUGUUCAAGUUUCUUUGUUUUUAUUGGUUUUUAUAGACCAAAUUCAACCCCAAAAUGAUAUUUAGGUAAAUCAUUAACCAUCAAAUUCUAAAUGUUUAUACUUACAUCCAUAUCUGUAUUCUAUAAAAUAUUCUACAUUAAUGUGUGCCAGGCCUGCUGUCAUGUCAUAAAGGUUUUAAGCUAGCAUUAAUAGAUCAAUUGGAUCAUGGACAUUUCAAGUUUUUUCCAAGUUGAUAGUAUUUCAUAAAAAACAAUAUUAAACACACAACUUCAUCAGCUACCAACAGACUUGAGAUUAAGGAACUUAAAAUCUUAAGACUUAAACUAACUCAAGCUCAGCUUUGUAUCUUCAACAUUGUAGACUUGCUACAGGUAAGCAUUUAUUAAAAUUUUGCUACUCUUCUCCCUUGGGGUGUGGAUGCUUCUGAAGCAGUUUGCCAAUAGUGUAAUUCUAAUGCUACCAUUCCACGUGGUGGGUAACUGUUAUUCUGCCGUCAUCAUGUUUUUGGUUAAAUCUAUUGUCACAGUUGCUGACUUGCUGUAUUUGGAUGGCAACAUUUGUCAUGGCAGCCUGCCUAUGAUAGUUUGUGUCAUGAUCAGAACAUGGUCUAUUAACUGAAUCGUAAAGGAACGCUACGAAAAAAGCCUGAUUGAAGUGAUUGACGAAUUUAAGGAAUUUUGAUGCUGAAAGACUUGGAAACCACGCUGUCCACCACGUCGAGAAGCUGAGUAACAUUCUGAGUGUACAAUGGCGCCUCUUAAUAAAAGGAACUGAAGCCAUCCAAUCUAGUGCUUCCAUCCAAUCGUGCAGGCUGCAUGAAAGUCACAUUUACCUUUGCUGUGAACAUCACACAUACACAGAUAGGCCUACACUAUUUGAAGGUUCAUGUUUACAUAGCAGUGGUGUUGCUGUCCAAUGUGGCGUGUUGUUGCAGCCUAUGGUAGUGAAAGAUAUCUGCAUCAAGUUGCUGUUCCUUGUGCAUCCAAGGUGCUGGUUUUGUGCUACAGAAGUUACAUCCAGUAUUGUGUUUGAUUGCUAUUCGUGUCUUUGCAGUUUACCUUUAUAUAUUGAGAAGGAACAAAAAAAAUAGUAAUACGGGGAGGUUUAUGUCAAA